AUGGCCGUCGACUACCCUACGCGGAGUUCGACCGUCGUCGUCGCCAACGCCGCCCUUAUCAUCAUCACCGGCAUCUUUUUCUUCGUUCGCCUCUGGGUUCGCCUCGUCAUCUUGCACCAAGUCGGUCUCGACGAUGUCUUGAUUUGGGCUGCAUCCCUCUUUGCGUUCAGCCUCGCCCUCACCUCGAUUUUGAUGACCAAAUAUGGCAUGGGCCUGCACAUCGAGGACGUCUCUGCCUCCGACUUGGAGAGCUUCUUGAUCCUCCAGUUUGUCUCGGCUGUGUCCUACGUCUGGGCCUUUGUCCUCAUCAAGCUGUCCUUUGCCGUCUUCUACCUGCGCGUCAUCCCGACCACCGGCUUCCGCCGCCUCAACUUUGUCAUCAUCGCCAUCUUGGCCGCCCAGGGCGUCGAGGAGACCUUUGUCGUCUGCUUUGCCUGCCGCCCCAUCUACAAGUUCUGGCGCCCGGCCGUUGAGGGCACCUGUCUGAACCUCUUGAACUUUUACUACAUCUCCUUUGGCAUCAAGCUGGCCACCGACCUCGUGCUCUUCCUCGAGCCCAUCCCGACGCUGCUGCGCCUCAAGCUGCCGUGGGUCAAGCGCGUCGGCCUAAUUGUCAUGUUCUCGCUCGGCCUCCUGACUUGCGUCAUCUCCAUUAUCCGUGCCACCUACCUCAACGACACCAGCGACGACAUCACCUGGCGUCUCAUUGACCCCAUCGACUGGUCUACCGCUGAGGUCUGCUCACUCAUCAUCUGCGCCUGCGUGCCCUACGUGCGCAACCUGCUGGCCGAGAUUCCGAUCCUCAACGAGGCUCUCGGCCUUUCGUCCAACCACUCCAAGGCCUACCCGUCCAACUACGGCCCGCGUUCGGGCCACCAGGACAACUCCAUCGCCCUGCAGAGCCAGCGCACCUACAUCCAGUCGCGCAACUACAAGGGAGCGGCCGGUGGCAGUGGCGGUGUCGGCGGUGGCAGCAACAACGGCCUGGGCGGUGUCUCGACCCUGGCGUCCGCAUCGGCCAAUCCCUACGGCGGCGCCAACAACAGCUCCCAUCAGCCACACCGCAACCGCGCCACCGAGUCAACCGAGGAGAUCUUCCCCAACUACAUGGACAAGCAGGGCGGCAUUGUCGUGUCGACGGACGUCAAGGUCGCCGUCGAGGAGGGCUCACACCAGAGCCAGGCCCGGUCCAGCUAUUCCGAGUCAAGGUGA